AUGAAAAAAAGAAAAAAUUAGAUUAGCUUUUUCAGGGUAUUGAGUGCCGACCUAUUACGAGAAUACCAACUCAAGAAGCAGUAAGUCAAUGAAGAAUUUGAUACUAAGAUGAAAUACGUUCAGAAUGAGCUUCAAAAACAAGAUUAAUUAAAUAGUAUUUAUUAAUUAUAAAUUAAAGAAUCAUUGGAAUAAGACUAAUAAAAAAAAUUAGUGAGUAGUUUUCGUAAAAAUUGUAUUUAUUCAUUAUAAUCUUCUAAGCAAACAAAGAAAAAAUGAAGGUCCGUUUUUAAGGUGAUUAUUAUGUCAGAGCAAGAACAGAACAUUGA